ACUUUACUACUGCUAAUCAAAACAAAAACAAUUGUACUCCAUCCUCUCAAAAACCAACGAACACGACGACAGGACUCCUUUCGGUGAUAAGUAAGUAGCCAUACAUUUUUACUGCGUAAUAUUUAUUAAGAGCCCGCUCCUUCUGACUUGGCGCAAAAAUGACGGGCGGUACAAGAACCUCCCGGAGGCCGUGCAUUGCACUCGGGCUCCUGGUGCCAGCCGCAAGUGCAUCACUCACAACCGGAGAUCUUCACUCUCGCGAAGAUCUAGGACAUUAUAGACAAGGGUUAAGAACCUGGCAUGAUGCCAGCGUUGUUGACGGGGCCGCUAAGUACACGGUUGCCACGAGUAGAGCAAGAGGCAUCUGCUCAAGAAGUUGCGGCGUUGGCUAGCCGGGACAGCACUUGGCAUUUAGCCACAACACCCCUGUUCGAUGAAGUAGAUCAUGGAAUAAACAGAGAAAGCUUGUUCGCACAGCAGAUUGCGACCUUACCGGGC